UCGGGGGCCAGCCAGCCGCGCAUCCUCGGGCGUCCUGCGCAAAGGAGAGCUCGGCGGGCCUCGGGAGCCACGGGAGAGGAGUGGACAAAGCAAGAUGGCAGGGAUCUUAGCCUGGUUCUGGAACGAGAGGUUCUGGCUCCCGCACAAUGUCACCUGGGCAGACCUGAAGAACACGGAGGAAGCCACCUUCCCGCAGGCUGAGGACCUCUAUCUCGCCUUCCCCCUGGCCUUCUGCAUCUUCAUGGUGCGGCUUAUCUUCGAGAGGUUUAUAGCCAAACCAUGUGCCAUAGCCCUCAACAUUCAGGCCAGUGGGCCACAAAUUGCCCCACCAAAUGCUAUUCUGGAAAAGGUCUUCACUGCAAUUACAAAGCAUCCAGAUGAGAAGAGAUUGGAAGGCCUCUCCAAGCAGCUGGACUGGGAUGUUCGAAGCAUUCAGCGCUGGUUUCGGCAAAGACGCAACCAGGAGAAGCCCAGCACCCUGACGAGAUUCUGUGAGAGCAUGUGGAGAUUUUCAUUUUACCUGUAUGUAUUUACCUACGGAGUUCGGUUCCUGAAAAAGACCCCCUGGUUGUGGAAUACAAGGCACUGUUGGUACAACUACCCCUAUCAGCCUCUCACAACUGACCUUCACUACUAUUACAUCCUGGAGCUGUCUUUUUAUUGGUCUUUAAUGUUUUCCCAGUUCACUGAUAUCAAGAGGAAGGACUUUGGCAUUAUGUUCCUGCACCACCUUGUAUCUAUUCUGUUGAUCACCUUUUCAUAUGUCAACAAUAUGGCCCGAGUAGGGACCUUGGUCCUCUGUCUUCAUGACUCAGCUGAUGCUUUUCUAGAGGCUGCCAAAAUGGCAAAUUACGCCAAGUUUCAGAAAAUGUGUGAUCUCCUGUUUGUUAUGUUUGCCAUGGUUUUUAUCACCACACGGCUGGGUAUAUUUCCUCUCUGGGUGUUAAAUACCACAUUAUUUGAAAGUUGGGAAAUCGUUGGACCUUACCCUUCCUGGUGGGUUUUUAAUCUACUGCUCUUGCUAGUACAAGGGUUGAACUGCUUCUGGUCUUACUUGAUUGUAAAAAUAGCCUGCAAGGCUGUUUCAAGAGGCAAGGCUGGGAAGUGGAACCCUUUACAUGUGUCCAAGGACGAUCGAAGUGACAUUGAGUCUAGCUCAGAUGAGGAGGACUCUGAACCCCCAAGGAAAAACGCCCACACUGCAACAACCACCAAUGGUACCAGUGGUACCAACGGGUACCUGCUGACCGGUUCUUCCUCCCUGGAUGAUUAAUCACAUAAAACUAUAAGUCCUGAACAAAGUGAACUAUUUGUUCCUGGAAGUAUUUAAUAAGUUGCAAAUGCAGUUCCUUUCAUAAUAUCUCAGCACCAGAAACAAAACUUAGGGUUAUCAAAGCAUUCUGAAUAGUGCACUGCCAUAUGUCCUGUCUGUGAAUGAAGAAGAAAUACCAUUCUCUCUAUGUAGGCAUGCUGUAUGUAAUUGACACAAGGGAACAGUAUUUGCAUUUGUACUGUCUUAGAAUAUUAUUUAUUUUUUGUAUGUUUGUAAAUCUGUGGACAAAAGAGGGUUUCCUUGCUCCUUUUAGUCUCUGGGUUCAUGACAGUGAAGGAGAUGUUACAUCUGCUUCUGCCUCUUUCUCUUGCUGCAGUCCAGUGUGCUGUGAGCAUGAGCUUAGUUUGUCACUUAGAGCAAGCAAAACCCAGUGCGAGAUCCUCACACAGAGCCAAUAGAUUGGCUGUCUUUGUGUUCCUGUGCCCAUUUUGAAGUUGAGUAAUCAGUCUCAGUGACCAUCCUUCCAGUGUGAAGCUUAAACAGAAUCACAUAAGUUGUUAAAUUGUCUCUCUUCAUGGUCAAGUAGCAGUUCCAAUAAUAAAUAGGACGAUUAUCAGGAGGCUUUUUUGAAUGUUGUAUGAAACUGCUUUGGAAUAGAUUUUAUUUCUUGUGUACACAGCCAAGAUUUGUUCCGUGAGUGUGGCAGUUAGUUGGGGAUUAACCCGUAGGUUAGGGAAAUUUUUUAUUUUUGGUGUGUGAUGAAGUCAAUGCCUUGGCUCUGAAGGGAGAUACUUUGCUUAAACUCUUAGUUGUAAACAAAGAAAUCACUCUUAAUAUUGGGAAUUUGUUCCAUGUCCUGGGAAUAAUAUAAAGAGAGCAACUGAUUUCAGUCAGGUUUUGCCUACCCCUGUAAUUAGUACAGCCUUCUGUCGUGUCCUGAAAAAAGAAGCGAAGAGUAUUUGGGAUGGAAAAGGGAGUCUUUCAGGAGUUAAUACAGAUCACCCCAGGGCAAAGCACUUUAUUGCAGCCAGCUUUUGAGGAAAAGCCCUAGCUAGUAUUUGACUUGAUAUUUUUAUUUUGUUGAGCAAAAUAAAGCCCGUGGAAGACAGACUGUUGUACCCAUUGUUUUUCUCUUUAAACAUAACCCACAGUGACCUUCUUGUUACUGGAAACUGGGUAUUAUUGUACUCCAAGUCCUUUUUAUUUAUUUCUUUGAAGACGUGUAUGGUUUCCAGGAAUUUUUAUUCCAUUUUUAUUUCCAGAAAAGCAGCAAAAAUUGUAUUGAACAAUUGCAAUAUCAGCAAUGAGUAAAAUUCCUGAAGAAUAAAGUCUCCAUAAGGCUUCUCCACAGCAGUGUUAUAUAUGGAUAAGAAUACCAUGCACAUAAGCCAAUGUCUCUCUUUUCUUCUAACUUCUAGGAAGAGAGAAUAAAAUAGGAUUACAUGUAAUUAUUUUAUAAAUCAAAAAAGACCAUCACUUAAAACAGGAAUCCAAAACAAAAACACAGGAAUAUAAAUGUGUGAAACAAGGCACAGUGAAGAUAACAGAAAAAUAUUAGAGUGUGCAUAGUCUGCCCAGAGCCAUUCACAGUUAAUUUGGUUAAAAAGAAAAUUAAAAUAAAUUUUUGUGCCCACACUUUGCAGUCUGUGAAUUAAUAGUUAAAAGAGUAUUUCCAAACAAAAACCUUUUUCAUUGUAAUAUUGAGUCUUCCCCCACUCACUUCCAAAUAGGAUGUGUCUAGUAUGAUCUGCAAUAAUAACUGAAGAGGUCAGAAAUAUGUCUGCUUGUUUUUGUAGAAAACAACAUGGCCUUUUCUGCUUAUGGACCCUUGUUAUUUUAUUUCACAAAACAGGCAUAUGUCUAAGAGUGUAAUUUGUGGAUGGCUGAGUUUGUGAGACCAGUCACAAAACACCAAAAAAUACUGUUAGUCAUCAGAAAAUCUGCUCAAAUGCUAAUAGAUCAAAGCGAUAUUAUGCAUAUUGUAGCUGAAAUUUUUGAUCUGGUAAAAGAUUUUAUCAUGUAAGAUGUAGAACAUAUUUGCCUCCCCACCAUGUGUCCCCACGUGGGCCAUCUUACACCUGUUAGCACAGAAAAAUGACUUCAAGAUCAGCUUGUCAAUUAAAGAUUUAGGAGAUGUGCAUAAAAGGGUAAGAUUGAUUCGGUCCUUAGCAGAGGCAAAUCUAAAUGAUCUUUCUUUUUUUUCUUUUUCUCAGAUAUGACUUAGAAUGAAGAUGGAAUUCUCAGUCUUUCUGGCCGGUAGCAUUGACACAGUCCACUCUAAAUGUCUAUUUCAAUUUACAUUUUGGGGCAGAGUUCUUUUUGGCUAAUUAAAAUGGGAAUUUUUAGAGUUUUUAGGGUGUAGAAUAACCUGUGUCUGUCUGUUUACUGCUCUCUGAAGGUGGCCUAAUAAAGGCUGAGAGAGAAAACUAUGUGAAGUAUCUCAUCAUCCACCUGGGCCAGGCUGUGGCUUUUUGGAGGUGUAUUUUGUAAAUUCAGCUGUAGGUUAGUGAGAGUGCUGUUUCUUGUUGAUUAGCCUGUGGUGACAUUUCCUUCCUCUAGUCACAUGCGUACCUUUCCAGGGUAUCAAGGGGUAUGUAGAAAGGAUGCUAGAAAAGGUGAUAUUUUAAUCUCCAAUAUUAUACCUCUUCUAGAUCUCUUAGUGGGGGAAAAAAAUAGAAAAUAAAGUAGAAUUGGGCCUUGGGUCAAUAAAUGAUAUAAAAGUGUAUGAUCUAUGUGUGUCUGUGUAUGUAUCUCCAAAAACUGAUAAAAGCAAAAUAUCAGUGAUUCAUCUUUGUCCAUAUUCUUAUCAUAAAAACACUCGCAUCUUCCCUAGUCCUUUGUUCUUGCUCUCCACCGAGCUGAGAGUGGCAGAACCCUUUCAGUCUCUUAGCCACAGAACUACGUAUGGUACAGUUUAGGUCAUGAGCACCUGAGGUCAUGCAGAAGCCAGAUAACAGCUCACGUUUCCAAAUCAGUCCUGUGGAAUUUGAAAGUAGAGGAGAAACCAUCGGUAUUUUGGAUUAUUCAGAUAUUUAUUGUAAAAGUGAAAACAAUUCCUGCUUAUCCCCAGGGUUGAACUAACAUCCUACUCUUGCUGAGCUGCCAGAGAGAUGGUGUCCUGAGCUCCCAUCUGAUAAUCCCACAGCAUCUGACAAAGAUGAGGCAGAAAAGGGAGGGAAGAAGUGAGGGAAAAUCAGAUUAUCUGUAGUCAGAAUGGUAGAUGAACCUCAAAAUGGCCAGUUCUGUUGCCACCCUUUCCACUCUGAGUAUAGUCAUGCACUACAUAAUGAUGCUUUUUUCAUCAGUGACAGACCACAUGGACAAUUGUGGUUCUGUAAGAUGUUAAUAUAGCUCCAGUGUGUCAUAGGCAAACCAUCUAGGUUUGUGUAAGUCUGCCUUGAUAUUCAUACGUAGUGAAAUCACUUAAUGGGACAUUUCUCAGUACAUGUCCCUGUGGUUAUGUGAUACAUGACUGUAUUUGAUAGAAUUUGAAUUUGAGCAAACUGGAUGCCUUCAUUUUAGGUAGAAAGGAUCUGAAUCUUCCAUUUUGUAUUAAAUCUCAUUGUUAUUUGAACUAAGUAAAAUGUGAGUCUUCCAUUCAGCUUGUCUGAGACUACUGAAGAGCUCUUCAAAGAGAAAUUUAUGGACAACUGUGAUUGUUCCCAGUACAUUCAUAAUUCUAAAUUAAUAGUUACUUUUAUCCCUAUCUGGAAUUAUUAAAGCCAAAGUUGCCUGAAUAUGUAUUUUUCUUAAUUUGCAGUAUAAAUACUAUACAAAUAAUUCCAAAGGCAUGGAAAGUUUCCAUGUAUUAGUGUAUGUUGGUGUCAUUAUAUCCAGAGAGGUUUCAAGAGAUCCUUUGGAAAUAAAAGGUUAAGUGUUUACAUUUCAUGUGAUAUUUUAGGUGUUAACAUUCUAAUUAACUUACCUUUUCUGUCUUUGUCUUUUUUGUAGACAAAUCGUAAUAGCCCAGAAAUGUCUCUAAUAUUGAAAUAAGAAAAAAUCAAAUCAACAUUAGUCUGAUGUAAAAUGAUCUCAUAGCACUUUGUCAUGUGCUAUAGGUAAUUUGAGUGGAAAAAGAAGGUGCCUGGAACUGAAGUUAUGGCACUUGUAUCUAGCCAUAGUCCAUGGAAAGAAUAAUCAUGAACAGCUAGUUACACACAAACUAGUCUUAAAAAUGCAGCAAGAUUUUUUUCUUAAAGAUAUUAUUGUCCCCAAAAUCAGUUUAGGUUUAUCUUGGAGAAAUGAAACUGUGCCAUUCUCAAAUUGCCACAUAGUAAUUACUACUGGUUCACCUGCUACAUCUUAGUUCUUCAUAGAGACUGGCCAAAGAAAGGCGCUGUGGUUUGCCUUUGUGUGGACAGCACCCUCCCACCCCUAGGGGGCUCUCAGUGCAUACUGAGGACCCCUGUCCACUCUGCUGUUAGAGAACUCCUCUAAUAAAUACUCAGAGGUAGCAUGUGUGGUGCUGGUUUUCCUGGAGAAAAUUGUAUUGGAGAACAUAAAACUUCUUAAAUGAUGUUAAUGAGAUCUGCAGACACCCGAAGAAAUUUAGUCUUUUCCAGGUAUUCCCAAUUUGAGUUCUCCGUGAAGACUUUGAAAGGAAUGCAUUACCAAAGGGGUACACACCAAGCCACAGGAAUGUAACAGAUCUCUGCAGCCAGGUGGCAUAUGGCAUCUCCACACAAAUGGGCAUUCUCAGGAUUGCUGAGGAAGUGAUAGGAGGGCCCUGUUAGCCUAGGGUCUGUCUUGUUUGAUCUUAUUCAUUCACGUUCUUUUCAGCCUUCUAGAACUCUUGAUAAAAGGAAGCAAAUAGGUUGUCAUUUUUCUGCUGUGGAUUUCUCAGUAGCCUUUGGAUCAGUUGUGUGACACACUUCUCCCUCUGCCUGCUCCCAUUUUUCAGAGAGAAGUUAUGGUGCCUGUGUGUGUGUGUCUGUGUUUCCUUAUCAUGGGUCCAUGGAGGCAUGGCUUCCUAUGUUGGUGUAUGUUUCGUGGCCUGGAAUCUAGAAACAACAGCUCUGAAUAGGGUUUCUGUGUUUGGCAGAAAAGGCAGAUUUCUUUCAUAUGAUUAUUAUUAUUAUUAUUAUUAUUAGUCCAAAGACAUCAGAACCAUCAUUAUAAAACUACUCUUUAAAAAUUAAGGAUUUUGAAAGAUUAGCUGCAGAAAUAAAUAAAUAAAAGCUGUAUAACAGGAACAGUUACAUGAUGAUUCUGGAACUUCCACUUAGAGCUUCAUUAAUUUAAACAUGGAAACACCCUCCAAGUUUGACUUCCCACAGGUUCAUAGAGCCCGUAAGCUCAUGAUUUUCAGCAGCGUCUUGUGUUCCCACAUCAUAAUCAUCAUUUGCCUCCACAACCAUUUGUUGACAUGAAAGGGGCUGGUGGUUAGGUUUUGGUUUGAUUCUUUUUUCAGCUUUCAGUGAGGAAUAGGAUAGGUAACAAAACCUUAUUUGUUUUCUUAAAACAAUUCAGUGCUUGAAUAUCUCUGUCAGAAAUGGAAUGAUGUACUGUUAGCCAAUUAGAAUUAUUUCAUGUAUUGUUAUUGUGUUUUGCUGAUUUUAUAUGAAAAUAUAAUUAUUCAUUCUUGAUCUCUGGAAGCAAUCGCUAUUGAGGGUCAUUUUACUUUGGAAACACUUUCAUAAUAAAGAUAAGUAUUAAGAGUGCA